UGGUUCUGGUCAGUGAAGAAGCUGAUCAGAAUACACCAAAGCGCCAAAAAAACUGGAUACCGGCGAUGAGUGACAGCUACAGCUUCGUCUCUCCGACGCGUGAGCAGGUGGAAAUCAUCAGACAGCAACUGGGGACACACGAGGAAGACAUCAAGAGGACCAUAGCGUCACUGAGAGCUUGGCUCAAGACGCAACCGCAUCUGCCCGACGAGAUAGACGAUGCUCAAAUCGAAAGGAUGUACAUUCAGUGCAAGUGCAGCACAGAGAGGGUUAAGAAAGGGCUCGACGCCUACUUCUCGUUGAGGACCAGGUAUCCAGAGAUGAUGACCCGAGACCCUACGGGACAAGACGUGGUGCGCACCAUGGAACACAUGAAGGUGGUGUUGAUGCCUCGCCUCACGAAGGAGCUGUACCGCGUGCACGUCUACUCACACAUCGACCCAGACCCUCAGUGGGUCCUGUGGGUCGAUUACGGAAAGGUCGCCUCCAUAUGCUUCGAUAUGAUGUUGUUUGAUGACUACUCGCUCGGAGACGUUUUCAUCAUUGACUUGAAGAACGUGACUAUCGCACACCUGCUCCGCACCGAUAUCAAUGUCAUACGAGCUAUGGAAUUCGCCCACAAGACUGCUUUCUGCCGGAGGUUGAAAGGAAUCCAUCUGGUAAACGCUGAUAAAGUGACUGAUUUCGCAAUGAAAAUUGUGAAGUUAGGGCUUUCCGAGAAGUUACAGCAGAGGGUACAUGUCCAUCUGCCAGGAUCAACGACGCUGUUUGACCACGUGUCUAAAGAGUACCUGCCAGAUGAACUAGGAGGUACUGCAGGUCCUACCGACAAACUUGCCUAUGAAUUCAUCAGGAGGGCGGAGAAGAAGAGAGGCUGGUUCUUGGAGCAGGACCGCUACACCUCGGACGAGAGCAAGAGGCCACCGGACAACCACUACGCCGACGACUUGUUCGGAGUGUCGGGAUCCUUCAAGAAGCUCUCAGUAGACUGACGCCGUUACAGUUAAUUUAGUAGACUCUGUUUCUUGGUGACAGAAAAUUGUGAUACACGCAGAGAACCCGAUACCCAUCGGCAAAAUUUCAGAGUUUGUUUCUUAUAUUUUCCGAAUAAUCCACUGUAUUGAACCCAUGAUCUCCCUUGGUUCGUUUAAUUGUAUUUCCUUUGAUGCUUUCUUGCUGUUUUGGUCUUUAGUUCGAAGGCUGGUUUGAUAGAGCUCUCCACACUAGUGUAUGUUGUGUAAACCUCUCCACCUUUCCAUACCUACAGCAACCUAUGUCCAUCUCAACACUUCCUUCAAUUACAAAAUCGACGAUCCCUUGAUACCUCUGACUGUAUCAUUUCAACCGAGCCCUUCUUUUACUUUAAUUCUGCUCUUCGAUAAUUAUUCGUCCUACCCACCAAACCUACAGCAUUCUUCUGUAACACCACACUGCAGACACUUCUUUUCUCUUCUUGUCUGAACAUUUAAACCUUCACAUUUGAAAUGCGUACAAGACUACACUCCAGACAAAUUCAUUCAGAAAAGACAUCCUAAAAAGGAACUUUAUAUUCAUUGUUAACAAAUUUAUCUUUUUCGUAAAUGCUUCCCCUGAAACUGUCAGUCGCAAUUUUAUAUUCUCAGUACUUCGACCAUCGACAGCUAGUUUACUGCGCAAAUAGCAAAACGCAUCUACUGCUUUCAGUUUCGUUUCCUAAUAUAAUCCCCUACGUAUCACCUGAUUUAAUUCCCUGACCAUUAAUUCCCGUUACAAGUAUCUCCACGACUAACUUUACUGCCUUAAUCUCCAGACUGCAUUAUAUCUGUGAUAGUUUACAACCCUGUAUCACUCUCUCCUAAACUACCGCUAUCUCUUCGUGGUGUUAGUCUCUUAUAACUGCAGUCUGGUUUCUGCACAAGCUCUUCAUGUUUCGCUACCUGCAUUCAAUUCCAUCUGCCUUCACAAUUUCUUAGCCACGCUAUCAAUUUUUUUCUCUAAAUGUAUAAACGCUAUAAAAGUGGUUUGUCUUUAUGCAGUCUAUCAUCUAAGAUGAGUAAUAUAGUCAGUAUAGCAUCGCGUGUUCCUGUAUUUCUCCGGAACCCAAACGGAUCUUGCUCAACUUCGGCUUCUAGCACUUCUGCAAAUAACUCGCAUCAGUAUUUUGUAACCAUGACAUCAAGCUGAUGGCUUCCAAAUAUUCGCAUCUGUGAGCACCUGCGUACUGUGGAAAAGGUAUUAUUACUGACAUCUUGAUUUCUCAUCCCCCUUUCCCUUCUGCUUUGUAUCUGCACCGAACUGAAAAUAUCUGGCAAUUAGUAUAAAAGCGAAUGAAUCAUAAUCACAGUAUCACUCUAUAAAUAGAUACCGGAGACCACGGGACCCUUAUACAAAAAUGCUCUGAAAAUUUCCUUGAGAAACCUCUGAAAUUUUGUUUGUGGAUCGUCUUAAUCUGCGCGUGUCUUAAGCAUGUUCUUCUACACGGUCAACGAGAUUCUU